ACGCUUAAAAUAUACACAAACAAAACUUACAAAUACGCUAAAAAGGCAGCUUGCUGCAAGGUUUUCCACUCCAUGAGCUUGCAAGAUGCUAAACUACAUUAGAGAUAACAUUAUGGCUCCGUCAACACGCAGUAGCACCAGCGCCAAGAGCAGCAGCAGCAAACAAACUGCAACUGAGGAGGGCUCCAACUCGUCCAAAGCAAUCCCAACUUCUCCAAUGCGGGGCUACAAGAUUACUGAUAACGAGCGAACAAGGAAAUAUGGGAUUGGAGCCAAUUCAUUGGAAGUGCUGCUAACCAAAGCCAACAACAAGUUUCCGCUGCAGGACCUCCACCUCUAUUUGGCCUCUGAUGGCUUUGAGGUGUCCGAUGAUGAGUAUUUGAACAGUUUGCCCGCCCAGACGCUGUUCAUUGUGGCUGGCCCCGAUGCAGUCAUAACAACAGAUGCUGACUUUGAGUUUGAGAAAAUGCGCCAGCAAUCGCCCCUGCUGAAGGUGGCGGAUAUCUUCUAUGACUUCAUCGAACAGCAUCCGGAGAAGUUUCGGCGCAUGAUCUCGGAUUACGAGCACCAGAAGCAGCGACUGGUGCUGGACAAUAGCAAGGCGCAUCUCAGCUUGAAGGACGAGCACGUGGAAUGGUUCGAGGGCGGCGAGGAGCGCUUCCACUCCAAGGAAGAGGCCAUGGCCGUGCGUGCCCAGACGCGUGUGCGUGGCUACUACUAUAAGGCCAAGGAGGAGCUGACACGCAAUCAAUUGUACAGGCAAAAUGCCAAGGCGCGACAAGUCAUCAAUGCGGUGCUGGAGCAAUUCCGCUACCUUCUCAUCGGCUGCGACUAUUUUUCAAUGAUGUUCAACAGAAAAUGCGGGCAAAAGCAUAGCUUCCUCCAGCAGCAGCGGCAGACGGGCGAGGAGGAGCCCGAUGCUGGCAGCCUUCCAAGCAAGAGACUAAGGCAGCUCAUCAAGGAGUACACCAAGCAGCAUUCCAUACUCGACGAUUGGUCCGUUUCGCUGUGCACCGAUCUGGGGGACUUUUAUUGCCAGGGAGCGUAUUCGGACAAUGGCAACUGCUGCUCCCUGCAGCACACCAUCAAUCCAUAUGCCUCGCGCGAGAAUCUCAUUUUGUUUCAGGUCUGGAAUCUAGAUCAUCAAAUCGAACUCUGUCGCACAAUUCUUCCCGCCCUGGUGGCCAAUGUCGAGGAGCUAGUCAGCAAUCCACAGCUCAAAUGUGCGCUCCACAACAAGCGCGUCGUGGACAUUUCUGUGCUGGAAUAUUUUCUCGAAAUAUUCUCCCUAAAGAAUCUAAAGCUAGUGCACAUUGUGUGCCAUGACAAGGUGCAACGCUCGAACCACUCCAAUGGGCGCCUUCUCUGUCCGGAUUGUCACGAAUACCGGAUUGUGCAGGAGCUCAUGGAUUUGCAGAAGGCAAGUCAAACCACAUCUUAGAUGGUUCGAUACGUUAACAGUUACCAAGCCAAGCAAUACUACAAACAAUAACUAAAGAUAUAUAUUAUACUAUACCAUAUGUUAUGUAGAUUACUUCUUUAUGCUCUGUUUACUGUGUAUAACUAUGUAAUCUACCAUUUAAAAUAGUUGAUUGCUUAUCUGAUUUAGUGCUAAUUUGUUAUUGUUUUGAAAGGGGAUCUCAAGCGAGAUCCAAAUGUACAAAUCAAAUGUUUCUCAAAGUUAACUAUCAAAGGAAACGUAGAGUUGAAAAAUUAUCUAUUUAUAGAAUGAGUAUAUCCAUAUAGUAUGUGUGUGUGUGUAUAACCAUGCAUUUAACCUAGAAAACUACUAUAACUAUGUGGCAAUAUAUUGCAUAAAAAAACUAGCUUUAAAUGUUAAUUGACUGUAACGCUUGUAGUUGAAGUUUGAAUGCGUUUUGUUGGCGUUACAUCGUCCAAACUAUGGAUCAUAGUAUAUAUUCCAUGUGCCAAGAGUUUAGCUUGCAAAAGGCACCAUAGUACAUAUAUACAGAUAUACAACUUACAUAUACAGUUAAUAUAUAUAUUAUUAUAUCGAAUAUAUCGAAUUUAAAUUGAGUUCAAUUUAAGAUAAAUAUAAAAGUAUACAAAGGUAUUUUCUACACUCGGCUUCUCUGUACCUCCACGAACUUGCUCUGAACUCCUACUGUUUCAUUUCGAACUACAGACUCCGUAACUCUAAGAACUCUCCUCAAACUCUCUUCCCCCUCAAUGUU